GCUCCACCUGCAACAAUACCACAACAACCAUGAGCGCGGACGACUACGCUCUCCCCAACACUGUCCUCCGCUACUUCGACCUUGGGUCCGCACCCUAUCGCGAGGCAGCGGACAUUGGGGCGCGCCGCAAGGCUUCGCCUGAUGGGAGGUUGUUCUUCGACCGUUUGUUGGCAUUCGCGGAUAUUGAUGGCCCAUCACUCUACCCGCCAACAACUCCCGCCGCAUUCCGUCGUCUCCUUCACGCCAUCCACAGCACGGCGCGCAUCGACCGCCUCAAGCGCGAUUGUUUCCUCUACUACCUAGUGCGCGACCAGGCUGAAGCUCCAACGGUCAACGGUGGCGGGAUGGAGGUUGACAGCGGUUCCGAGACUGAUGGGGGCGAGCGUGAAUCCGCCUUUGUUCGUGCUCGCUGCCUCCCGCGCACAUGGCGCGUGUUUAUGGACGGGUACUGGUUUCUCGACCACGGGAGGUAUGCCGAGGGUGUUGCGGCGCUCAGCGACCCCGCCAUCUCCGAGCUCAACUUUGUGCCGGAGGUCGUGCGCGCCCUUACUGCCGUCAGCCCGCCCGCCACCGCUCUUCGAUUGGUGUACGACCUCCUCGACGUCCGCGAGCUCGGGAGCGACACGGAGCGAGACGCCGCGCUGCUCGCUAAGGCCAGCGUUGCAGGGAUGUCUGCCGCAUUUGGCGUGACACGCUCCAUGGAGGACGCAGCCGCCCGCGCCAAGGGCCGUGAGGCAGUGUGGUGCUGGGCUCUCGGCGCACCCCGUACACCUGGGGGACAGGGGACGCAUACGGCGCAGCCGCGGGCACUGCGCGAGCUGCUCCACCUUGCGAUGCACGAUGAAGAGGACGCACAUCUCGUUCGCUUCUUGGCGCAUCCCCCGCGCGAGAUCUCCCCGCCCGCUCGCAGCCUCCUACACGACCUCGUCACGCUCCGCCUCGUCCACGCAGGCAAGUACGAGGAAACACUCGCGCUGGACCGCCAGCUUGCGAGCGACGCAGCGCCGGCCGACCGUCAGCGUCGCCGCGAGAUGGUGCGCGAGUUCAUUGACAUUCUCCCCGAGGCGCAGCGCCGCAUCCUCCUCGGCGAGGACUACAAGCGCGGGGCGAUGGCGAACGGCACCGCGAACGGGAAUGACGAUGUCGACAUGUCCGCGUCGUGGGAGAUGGUCGACGAGCUCCCGCCCGCAAUCGCCGCAGCCCAGGCAAACUCCCACACCAUGCCUCCUCCCGUCUCGUACGCCGACGCCGCCGCUGUCGGGACAUCGGAGCGGCCCGCCGCACCUGUUCCUUCCACUCCUGGCCCCAUUGCGCCGCAGCCGGUACGCGUGGCGCAGCGCGCUCUUGGUCUCGAGACACCAUCGCGCAACGGUGCCUCGUCGCCAUUUGGCGGGCCGCCCCGCUUCGCGAGCCCGCGCCCCAAGGCAGACUCGACGGCGCCCUCCGUUUCAUCGCGCCAGACGUCCCCCACCCGCUCGCCUGCGCCUGUCCGAGCGCCCUCCCCUCCCCGCGUGAGCGCCUCGCCCUUCGCGCAGCCUGCAAUUACGCCCAAGCCCAAACGCAAGCCAAAGAAGUUGAUCAAGGACGAUACGGACGACACGCCGCUGCGCCGCUCGACGCGCAAUCGCUCGCAGGCGACUGAGGAGAAGGAGGGCCCGAGCCACAACACUCGCGCCGCCUCCCGCGCACCCUCUGAGGCGCCCAUUCCCGAAGACGAGACUGCUCCUACGCCGACUCGGGCCGGACGGACGACGAAGAAGAACGAAAAGGCACCCGAGGACGAGACCGCCGCUGCUGCUGAAACCCCGAAACAGACAGUGCGGAGGAGCACACGCGCCAGCUCGAGGGCGGCGACGGUCGAGCCGGUCGCGGAGGAAGAGGAGGAGGAACCCAGUAUCCCCGGCGCGUUUGGGGAUACGCGUCGUACCCGCAAGGCCGCUAAGGCCGAAGAGGAACCUGCGGCUAAACGUACGCGUGGAAAGGCUGCCGUAACCUCCGCGACGACGCGCAAGAGUGCGCGGGCGCCGAGCGAGGCGCCGAGCGAGGUGAGCGAGACCCCUGUCCGGCGCACACGACGCACGGCAGCCAGCGAGCGGGGAAGUCCUACGCCCAGCGUGGCCAGCACUGCGGCUGGGAGCCCGCGGAAGCGCACGACGAGGACGGCGCGAGCGCGCCGCGCCGAGUAG